UGGGGGGGGGGGGUUUCAUGCCCAAUAUUACUAACUACAAAUCCCAGCAUCCCUCAGAGAGCAGAAGGCACUUUGUUUUUUUAAUCACUACCCUCCCAGAGCUCUUGCCCCAGCUAAGUACUUGUGCCACUGGAUACAUAGAUACAUAUUUGCCAUGGUGACAGUUAUUCAUUUAAAGGAAGGUGAUGUUUUCCAUCAUUCUAGCGGAGAUCUGUUUUGGGGAGGAAACGGAGUACAGUUUGCAGAACCAGAUUUUUUCUUUUUUUUUUCAUUAAUUCAGUUAACAAAUCACUAAGAAUCCUACAGAUCCUUCGUGAUCAUCUGUGUGUCUUUCUGUUGGUGCUUUUUUGUUGCAGUAACAGUUCCACAAAGGACAAACACUUAAGAGUUUCGCUCUUCUUCUUUGAUAUUCCUCUUACACUUUCGGCGCUGGGUGUUCUUAAACCCCUUAUACCUGACCAGGUGUUGGGAUACAGGAACAGAAGAGAAGAGCUCAAAUAAUCUUCCCAGCCCCUUGCCUCUUUUUGAAAGGGGACUGGAUCUAACAAGCAAAUUCCACAUGGAGCACUGUCAAUAAGAGGAGCCAGACAUGCAAUCAAUGGCGAUGCCCUGAAGGGGUGAUGCAUGCCUCCGGCUAAUGUUAGUGGCUGCUGGUGAUGACUUUAUAGAGAAAGAGAAGCUAUAUAGGAGCAUAUACACUGCAAGCAGCUGCACUGCAUCAUCUAUCACAUUUUCAUCUCCCUCCCUCUCUCCCUCCUCUGACUGCCUCUUUCUCUCUCUCAGCAGCUCUUCGCUUCAUUUUUAAGCUGAGGAUCUCCGAUACAGCCACAGCUUCUCCCUUGCAUUCCUAUGGGACAGUUACAAUGACAACAUCCCCCAAUCUUCUGGUGCCGGUGGAAGCAAAGAUCCUGCUGAGCACAUGGAACAACUCCAAGGACACGGGUGCGACUCAGUACCCCAUCAGUCUGCUCCCCAGCAAUAGAAAUACUAACAGCACCAGUGCCCCCUUGGAGAAUGAAAAGAAUGUCAGCAUGAUAGUUAUCCAGUUCAUAUAUGCCAUUGUGUGCCUGAUUGGGCUAAUUGGAAACUCCAUGGUGAUUUUUGUGAUUUUAAGAUAUGCCAAGAUGAAGACUGCCACCAACAUUUACAUCCUGAACUUGGCCAUCGCAGACGAGCUCUUCAUGCUGAGUGUCCCCUUUUUGGCGGCAUCUGCUGCCCUACAACAUUGGCCCUUUGGCUCAGGGAUGUGUCGCACAGUUCUAAGUGUGGAUGGUAUCAACAUGUUCACCAGUGUCUUCUGCUUAACUGUGCUCAGUGUGGACAGGUAUGUGGCUGUGGUACAUCCACUGAGGGCUGCCCGGUACAGGAGACCCACUGUGGCCAAGAUGAUUAACAUUUGUGUUUGGAUUGUGUCCCUCUUGGUCAUUUCCCCUAUUCUGAUCUUUGCAGACACCAUGCCAUCCAAGAACGGAGUGGUGGUCUGCAAUCUUAUGUGGCCCCAUGAAACAUGGUCUGCUGUGUUUGUCAUCUACACCUUUUUGUUGGGAUUCUUCCUACCUGUGGUGGCCAUCUGCUUAUGUUACAUCCUCAUCAUCAUAAAAAUGAGAGCCGUGGCACUGAAGGCAGGCUGGCAGCAGAGAAAGAAAUCUGAGAAGAAGAUCACCCGAAUGGUCCUCAUGGUUGUUACAGUGUUUGUCAUUUGCUGGAUGCCUUUCUAUAUAGUACAGCUCCUCAACCUAUUCCUACCCCACAUGGAUGCCACCAUCAACCAUAUCUCCCUUAUAUUAAGUUAUGCCAACAGUUGUGCCAAUCCCAUACUCUAUGGAUUCUUUUCAGACAACUUUAAGAGAUCUUUCCAGAGAAUUGUUUGCUUUCGGUGGCUUGAGAAUGGCACUGACGAACCGGUGGAUUACUAUGCCACAGCUCUGAAGAGCAGGGUGUGUAAUAACAACCCAAUGGACUUUCAGCAGGAGCCCCUUCAGUCUGACCCUUGUUAUAAGCAUGGCACAAUCACAAGGACAACAACACUAUAGCAGAGUGCCUGGAAAUGCCUUUUUAAUAACUGCUGCUAACCGGAUGUGCUACUCCUAAACAAGGAGGUUUCCAUGUAUGUGAAAGUGUUUGUCUCCUUUGAUUUAGUGGUGGAACUGAGUUUGUGUACUUAGACUCAAAAUGAAAUGCCUGUGACUUCUGUCCCUUUCCUAUUUUUAUUCACAUAGCUUCUUCUGUAGCAUUUGUAGCAAGUCCUAUCACAGGUACAUUAUCUGCAAGAAGUUCCACAGAGCAUUAAGUAGCAGUUAAAGAACCAAACUCAACCAGAGAAGUAAGGGAGAUACAGUAUAGGAGCAAUGAAUCCUCCACACAGGGCAUAACGGUUUUCUGUUGGCACAGCUGGCAGAAACGUGCCAAAGUAACUUUAAGUCCAUUCCAAGUAAAUUAGUACAGUACAGUAGUAAAUUUCCAUACCUUUACAGCAUAUACAGACACCCUGUAUGUUAAAUACAAAUCCUGCAUGGCUAUCAGUAUCAGUCUUUUAUGCAUCUAAAUCAAACAAAAAUUAGCCAAAAAACAAGCAGAUUUGAUAGGUGUCUGAUUUUAAAAGAGAGACAGGUAAAUGUUUUGUCUAGCAUCUCAGGAAACCCAGAUUUGUACUUGUCACAUUCCAUUUCCCCUUCUGCUUAGUGAAGGAUAUCAGGCUCCGCUCUGCAGGAUGCUGGGAGUUGUAGAUCAAAAGAGCUGAAGGAAGGCUAAGUGCAAAGGGCAGAAGUCCUUGUUAGGGAUCCCUUCUCAUAAGACAGUUCAGAAAGGUUUCCAUCAGCAAAGAUUCCAGGAUGGCAGAUCUUAUAGGAAGCAGUGCAUCCUGCCAGCAGUUUACACACACAUUACAUACAACUAAAAACAUGUUCUGUAAAGGUAUGAAAACACUAUCCCACAGAAACUUUAGUUCAUUCCUUAAAUUACUGUAGUUACCCUUUAAUCUUCUCUUGUCCUCGCAGGGCGGAGGAAGCAAGCAGGGUGGGAAACCCAGCAUUCUUUUACAUGACAAUCAUAGGCUGUUGUUUGUAUUGUCUGUUUUGAACUUAUCUGCUAGGAAUGGUUACCUAUGGAUGCCCAAACCAUUGGCCCAAAUGGGUGGCCACCUCCUUACUGGUGCCAAUGACUGGGAGUGCAGCCCCUCUUCCCUUUCUCACCCUACAGUGCACCAGAGACUCAAAUUUUUGAAGCAUGUUCUAUUAUCUGCAAUCCUAUUGGAUAACAGGACAAAUGGUCAAACCAAACCCACGCCAACCUGAUAUACACGUCCAGCCAGUGGGGCAGUAUGGUCAAAAACGACCAAAAUGCUUGCCCAAAUCUGGACAUGUAUAGCCAGCUUUAUUAUGCGCUGUAAGUUCAAUUGCUGUGAAGCUCUGUGAUGUGGUAUUUGGUUUUCUACAAGUUUUAUGUUUCUGGCAACGUUCCUGAUUUUCUAUUUCAAAUAUUCAUAUCUACCAACGUUUGACACAUCAUAAAAUUAAAUAAGAAAAUUAUAUCUAUUUUUUCCUAAUUCUCUUAUUUAUUUUCUCAUUUCUCACACUUUUCAAGCCAUGAACCUAACCUGCCCCACCAAAAAAUGUUGGGCAACCUUUAUGUAAUUUUACGACAUAUUGCUUUGCAAAACUUGAGCUCAAUUGGCACAAUGGAAAUAAAAAUGAUUAUUUUUCAACUUACAUAGAAGUCAAUGAGCAUCCCCACUUUAUACUUGAACAAUGAGUAUUCUUUGAACCUCUUCAGAUUUCUCCUUUCCUCCCCUCCUCCAACCCACCGGAAGGGUCAUGGACCACUGGGUGAUUUGAAGCAUUUUGUAGCUCCAAGAGGCUGGGAAAGAAAACGCUCCAAAUAACCUGUCCAUUAACGUUGGACUAAAACCCCCAGUUCAGCUUCUCGCAUGUAUUUAACACUUGAAUACUCAGAACUCAAAUCACCUGCAGAAAACAGCACCAGGGGCUUUCAGCUGAAAUAAUAGAGUAGUAAUUUAGAGCUUUUGUCCCCCCAUCCAUUGAGCAACAAAAAGCUCCAAAUAAUCUUAUAUGCUAUUACCCUAAGGGUCGGCCUCAGUAAGGUACACGCACACUUGAUAUAAAAACAGUUAAGGCAAGUACAAAAUGUUAAAAUAGGGUAAAAAAGUGCAGCCUGUGAACCUAGUGAGAUCUAUUUUGGCUCCCAGUAGCUGGUGACAAGUCACUGGUGUGGCACAGUUGUAGCACUUGCUUUAUUGCCACAGGUAUUUGCUGCUGUACUCAGAGCAUGAAACACAUGAAUCUGAUCUUACUGCUUUAUUGCUGCUCAGACUCAAGGAAAAUAGAGUUCAGUGUUUCUGUCAGUGACUUCUGUAUGAAACGCGUUGAAACCAGUGGGUAAAUACCAGCUGAAAAGAGCAAAACAUCAAAGGCAGAGGGGAUGUGUGUGUAUUUAAUAUGUAUUAGAGGUCAGGUGCUAUUUUUCUUAGCGAUGCUUCAGCGAUAUCUCUGGGACACCAUGGUAACCGGGCCCUGUGUUUGAUUAGCCUCAGGGUCCUGUGUGUGAAAAAGAAACCUGUAAAAUAAAAAUUACCCUUUGAAUAUG